CUCUCUCUCUCUCUGUGUACAAUAAAGUUGCCAUAAUUCUACCUGGCGACUUAUCAUCUCGAGACAAGUCAACCACAACACUGAACCGGACCUGCACACACACAUAUACCACAACGGACAAGAGUCUCUCACACUCUUUCUUUCUGUCUCUCUGUGUCAUCUCAGCCCACCCACGAGGCUGUCCCUACAUUCACUCACAGACUCCACACGUCACCAGCCAGCCCUCCGUCACCAUGGUCGGCCACACUGGCCACGGGAUGUUGUCCCGCUCUCGCAGCCACCACCACAAAAAACUGCGCAUUGUGCAUCCCAUGGAUCUCAUCGACGCUCAACAAUCCGAACAAGUUCAUUCCGUCCGGCAGCGCAGCGGCAGCAUACCCAUCAUCACAAGGCGGCCAUCAUCGUCAGACGGCGGCCUGGCACGGAAGCACUGGCCGCCUAUAGAGUGGGACCCGCUCAAGCUGAACCCACCCGUCGCUGCCCAGGGCCCGGAGCCCCCCGCAAGGCUACACGAGCGACAGCCACUGCAGGUCCUGCGGCCCAAGCGGUCCUUUGCAGGCCACGAAACCGCCCGCCGCCCAGCUCGGCUGCAUCACUCCGACUCGGGCCUCUCGCUCGAGGCUUAUCACGGCUUCGACUUCUCCCUGGGAGAGGCCAAGGCCGUCCACAUCGCCGAGCAGAACCACAGCGGCGCACACCAGCACGGCGGACAAGACGUCCACCACCACGACGACGACAAGGGAUGGCCCUCGCCGGCAUCGAGUGUGGACUCGGGCAAGUCCUGGUUCGAGGACGAGACCCCCGACGAAGACGAUGCUGUCCAGCGCAGCCAUGAGCUGUGGGAGAACACACCAGGUGCCGGUGCCCGUCCGAGACCGCAGGUCGCGUCUCCUGACGACCCUGGCUACUUUAUUCAGCGAGGCGCAUGGAAGAGGAGAGCCAUCUUCUUCGGGGGAGAGUCCGCCGAGGUCUACCAAAAGGACGAUGAUGCCUUUCACAUUUGAGUGGACGAUGCACAACAUCGUGGUCCUCCUGGCUGAGACCCGAUGACUGUCCUUUCUCUCUCUCUCUCUCUCUGUCUCUUCUUUUUCGCUUUCUUCCACAACCUGUCUGAACAUCAACUAUGCAUUUAUUUCUUUAUUUUUCUUGUGUCACUUUUUUAGCAAGCGUGGCGUUUUGAGUGGCGGCUAUUUGCGGCAGCGAUAGGUAUUACCAGCCACAAGGGUUCGGCUGUCUAGGAUGAUUUAAAAUUGUACAUCGUUUUCAUUUUCAUGUUCAUCAUCAUCAUCAUUCACCAUUAUUUGCUGGACAAAUCAUCAUUACUUGUCAAGAAGAGGGUGGGGGGAAUAAGUUACAGAAUGUGAAUGCGGGCGAGCCGUCACUCGAAAGAUCAUCAUCAAAUUCAAACAAUCAAAUGACGUUUACUAC